ACCAAUGAGUUUCGGCGGAGAAGGGGGGGAAAAAAUCAAGCAGUGUGUUGUGGGAGAGGACUAAACAAGUGUGCUGAGGAGUAAAGAACAACGGCAGCGUUUCAUACUGGAAUUAAGAUAAUUUAAAACGAGGAAGCACUAGGAAGUCUAAAAUUAAUCUCUCCAGGGAUCGGAACUAGACUCCUAAAAGCCCAACCCUGCCACCUUCAUGUCCUGUCUCUCGUCAUUACCGAGUCAAAAGAGCCUGUCUCCUGUGACCCUGCCACGUCUUUACUGAGAUCACUCAACCCACCACUACAUUUCCCCAUCCCUUCGGAGCUACCAACAGCCUCACACCGUACUGCUUUGCUGGUUGGCAGCUCCUCUUGCCCCGAGACAGGAUGAAUGAUGUUCAGGAGGCCACCUCCCCUGCGACCAGCCUCAGCGGUCCAGCUACCUGUGUCUCCAAAGUAGAACUACGUGUGUCUUGUAAGUCUCUGCUGGACCGAGACACGCUGAAUAAGUCGGACCCCUGUGUCAUACUCAUGGUACAGAACAACGGACAGUGGACAGAGCUGGACAGGACAGAGGUGAUCAAGAGCAACUUGCACCCGGUCUUUGCCAAGGUUUUCUCAUGGGACUACUACUUUGAGGAGGUUCAGAAGCUGCGAUUUGAAGUCUAUGACAUCCAUGGCACUCACAGCAUUGACCGCGAUGAUGACUUCCUGGGUGGGGUGGAGUGCACUCUUGGCCAGAUUGUGGCCCAAAAGAAGAUGGUGAAGCCUUUGUUGCUGAAGUACGGAAAAUAUGCCGGCAAAUCCACCAUCACGGUGCACGCUGAGGAAAUUUCUGGCAACAACGGGUACGUGGAGCUCUCCUUCUGUGCCAAGAAGCUUGAUGAUAAGGAUCUCUUCAGCAAGUCAGACCCAUUUUUGGAAAUAUACCGAAUCAAUGAUGAUGACACCGAACAGCUUGUCCAUAGAACUGAGGUGAUUAAAAACAACCUGAAUCCUGUGUGGGAGCCUUUCAAAGUGUCUCUCAUAUCCCUGUGCAGCUGUGAUGAGGAGCGAAAGCUCAAGUGCCUAGUGUGGGAUUAUGACUCCAGGGGGAAGCACGACUUCAUUGGCGAGUUCUACGCCACUUUCAGGGAAAUGCAGAAAAUUUCCAGUGGAAAUAAGGUGAUGUGGGAUUGUGUGAAUCCCAAGUACAAACAGAAGAAGAGAAACUAUAAAAAUUCAGGAGUUGUCAUCCUCAGUGACCUUAAGCUCCACAGAGUGUACUCCUUCUUAGAUUACAUCAUGGGAGGAUGCCAGAUUCACUUUACGGUUGCCAUUGACUUCACAGCCUCCAAUGGAGACCCCAGGAACAGCUGCUCAUUGCACUACAUCAACCCGUACCAGCCCAACGAGUACCUGAAGGCUCUAAUAGCAGUGGGGGAGAUCUGUCAAGACUAUGAUAGUGACAAAAGAUUUUCAGCUUUGGGGUUUGGUGCCAGAAUCCCUCCAAAUUACGAGGUGUCUCAUGACUUUGCCAUUAAUUUCAACCCAGAGGAUGAUGAAUGUGAAGAGAUCCAAGGAGUGGUUGAGGCGUACCAGAACUGCCUUCCUAAGAUCCAGUUGUAUGGCCCAACCAAUGUUUCUCCCAUCAUUAACAGGAUAGCCAAGCUGGCAGCAGGCGACGGCAACAUUAAAGAUGCCUCUCGAUACCACAUCCUGCUCAUCCUCACGGAUGGUGUGGUGACAGACAUGGCAGACACGCGCGAAGCCAUUGUACGAGCCUCCUACCAGCCUCUCUCCAUAAUCAUAGUUGGUGUGGGCAAUGCAGACUUCACAGACAUGCAGAUUUUAGAUGGAGAUGAUGGAGUCCUACGCUCACCAAAGGGCGAGCCGGUCCUCAGGGACAUUGUGCAGUUUGUGCCCUUCAGAGACUUCAAAACGGCAUCACCUGCAGCCCUGGCCAAAUGUGUUCUGGCAGAGGUGCCCAAGCAAGUAGUAGAGUACUACAGCCAUAAGGCCAUCUCCCCUAUGUGUCCUGUGAGGGAGUCAUCGACGCCCAUCCUUAGCCCAGUCGCCACCACACCAACAGAAUAACCACCCACCCGUUCCUGGGACCGAGCUUUGACCAUAGCACCAGUCCAGCAAACUGAGAGGGAGAAAGGACGCAUGCCUCGCGAUUUUGGAAGGAAGGAAGAGAAAAUCUUUCUUAAUGUGUUGUUACUAUUUUUCUUUUCUCCUUUUUUCACUGCUAUCAAAGUGUUUACACAAGAACAGUAUGACGGAGACUGUGUUUUUUUUAUUUUAUGCUUAGUGUGGAUCCGGCACUUCUUUCUUGCUCAGCAAUUUGACCAUCCAGCUGUUUCAGCAACAUCCUGCCCUGGUGGAUUGUUUUUUUUUUCUCUCCAAAUUUUAAUGCAUGCAGGCCAAUCCCUCAGUGCUGAUCCAUCGAUCAGAUGCAGGCUUAUUAUUCCUCGCUGCCCAUGAAAUUCUCCGCUUCAACUCUGUCUAUUAUGUUACCAUUUUCCUUAUGUCAUAUCUUCAGGUCAUUUUGAAGAUUUCAGUAUCUCACAAUCAAAAUUAGACUGCUCAACUUGACCAUACUGACAAUAUUUAGAUGUUUCAGAUGAAUCACCAGAACUAAAAAAACGAGACGCUGCAUUCAGACGUGAUUAUUAUCAUUACAUUGACCUUCCCUCCUAUACUUAAGUCUGUCAGGCUGCAUGAUUGUCCUUAUUAUGUAUUGACGACAGUAUUUCCAGGCACAGACAGAUCUCAAUUACAAAUCAACCUACUAGGGUUUAACAUGGGAAUAGACUUCACUAUUCACAUCACUAAUGCUUAAUUUGUCUAGUAAAAUAUAAAUGAACUAUUAUAAUCUAAUGUGAAAAUUAAGAGCUCUGUUGCAAAGUUCACCAGCCAUUUGCAACAAAACAAAAAAAUAUCCCAUCUGCGACAGCAUGAACUAUGAAUGACAACAUCCCUACCUAGCAAAUAUAAUAGCAAGCAAUGCUGAGCGUGUUUGGCAGUUAUCAUCUGCGGGUUGCCAAGUUGGUAUAUUCUGUGUAAAACACUUAGCUGAAUAUUCGGAAAUUAGACCUUAAUAAAAAGGUGAGAAAACAGCAGCAAUGAAGUCUUUGUUCAGGUGUGAGAUGUCACCACCUCAGACCUGUUCACCUUGUACAUCUGUGAAAAUGCAAGUGACAGAACCUCAGCAAUGUGCGAUAUUUGCUAUAGCUUGAGCUCUUUGUAUGCUUUUUCAGUUACAACAGGAAGCUAAUCACAGCGAGACAGAAAAUACAGUCAGGUUGAAGCAGGAGAUGUGUUUCGGUUGCCAUGCAGUAAGAGCUGUCUUUUUUGACGUUAGCUGUGAACCAACCCUGAGUAACAUUUUUCUCCAAGAGAAGAUGAAUGAUUGCACCGUUUUUUUGGUCUUUUGUAAGGUGGCUAUGAUAUAAGCUGUGAAAAUGCUUCAUGUCAGGUGAAUCCUUUCCCUCUGAAUUGUUCAUGAUUGUUGUCAUCCCUGAGUGGGUAGCAUUCUUCAUGUUUUUGUAGUAUGUUUCAUUAUUUUUUUUCCUUUCGGACGCUUUUUAUAUGCCAUAUAGUUCUACGAUGUUUGAUGUUUCAUAACGAAUUUAACUGUUGAGAACACCGUUUAAAUCAAAUUAAAGCACAAAGCCGAUCACGGUGAGUGCUGUAAAACACAGCAUUGUUCAUAAAACUAGCUCUGGAAUGUGUUGUAUCAGUUAAACUUACAUCCGUAUAUUAAAAAUCUAAAGAAUUUAUCAUUAUUAGAAAAUGUUCUCAGUGAUCAUUAAAAUGCUUCUUACCAUAGAAGGUUUUCCUCAUCAUUGCACAUGUCAUGCAUCACCAGAACAAACUGUUCAGUGAAUCAGUUCUUUUCAUGUGAAGUCAGCUCUUGACUGAAGAUCACUAUUUAUUUGAAAGGCUACAUUUGAUUUUUCUGCUGUUGUAUUGAGCUUUACAAUGUUCAUCAUAGGCUAUAACCUUCACUUUCAUUUGUCAGAUUGUCGUCAUAGUGAUCAGAGCGUAGCCAGAAAAAGCUACCAUGUUUUGGCCUCAGUUUUCUUCCAACGUGUAAAUGCUACAGAGGUUGAGGCACAAUCGCUCCCUGAAAGUGACUCUUUAAAGCAGAAAAAGCAAAUUGCUGUUUGGGAUGCUGUUUUUUUAUUGUAAAUAACUGUGUGAAUAUUUCCAUGAGCCAGACAAGAUGGGAGCGAUCAUGUGUUCAUGUACUGUAAUUACAGUUUCAAGGAGUGUCAACUGAACAUGAAAGUAAAAGAGUUGAAUUGACCAAAUGUUUACAAAGUUUUCAAAAGCCACCCUCUACACAUUUUUAUCACUUGUGCAAGGAACCUUAACAAAACAAAAUGUUUCCUUUACUUUAUCAAAUCAAAUUUUUCCUCAAUACACAUGAUAGUAAGAAAGAUAGAUAAAGACCGAUACAAGCAGGUUCCUGAACAAUGUAUUAUCAAGCAUCAUUAAGCUGGGCAUACAUUUAAAAACAGUUUGGAGAUUUGAAUUAAUUAAAUAUAAUUCUCACUUCUCUCUCCGAACUAAACACAUUCGUUACUGGAAUUAAUUGAUUUAUUUCCUUUGCCUUGGUUUUUGAUUACAUAUGCAAAGCAAUAUUCCACUGUAUUAAAGAAUUACAAAGUGGAUCUUUUAGAUCCAAUGAAAGCAUAAUAUCCCCUAAAAGUGGAACAUUUUAUGAGACCAGCAGUCUGACUGAAAAGUGUCAGCAAAUCAAAUGCUUCACUGUUUUAAAAUCUUACUAUUCACAAUACAGUUUAAAAUAUAUAUAUAUAUUAUUUGUGGCCUGUUCUAAUGACUCUGUACUUUGUAUAUUUGCUUAAUGUUUUUGCAUUUAUCUUAUGUGGUGUAUUUGUGCUCUUAACAACUCUGAACGGUGACUAAUUCACUUGGCUGAAAACCAAGCUGUCCCUGCCAUUAAAUGCUUCAGAAGAAUAGUCUGAUUUGUCCUCUAAAGCUUUCCCAGCCCUCCCCAGACACAGAUUAUUGACAUCUUAUGAAUUCACCUAAACACAGCUAGCUCUACUGUGAGCUGCUUUCCGAACUCCUUUGAAGACCACAACUACUGACGAUUCUUCAUUUACUGUGGAUCACAGGAUGAGGCAGAUUGAUUCAGCAGGCCUAGAUUUGGAGCCAUACUCAGUUUCUUGAAUGUAAAUUAUUCUGGAGGGACUUUGGUCUGAAGCUCAGCUCUAUGUUACUGGUUUACAACUGGGAGGGGAUGGUUGCAAAAUUUAGAAAAUACCCUGCUGGAAUAAAAAGCAUUUGACGUUACAGGUUAUUUAUCGAGAAACCUUGACGUUUUUGUAUGAUGAAUAAUUUGUUGUGUGUGUUAACGCAUCUUAAUAUAGUCUUUUAUUUUCAUACGUUCCAGAUUCUUCACUUGAAAAAUGUGUAGUUAAUAAUAACUAUUACAUGAAGCAGUUUUGUAAGCCUUCACCUAUGAAACCAGCUUUGAGCUUUUCCAUAAAUCUUUAGUGGCUACUUAUUCUGACUAAAUAAAGCAGGAAGUGCAGAUAUCAACCAAUAUUGCUGUUCCUUGAGAGCAAAGCAGCUCAGAUAUUAAUAACUAAAAGCCAUCAGCACUUCUUUUGUGAUUUGUGCCUUACAUGGCAAUUCACUCUUUGGUCCCUAUUACCUGUAUCACCUUAUUGCUACUUUGCCUCAGGUUAUGAGCUGCACCAGCUCAAAUGGUUAAUUACCCACUUAAAAUUUUAAUGAGAUGUGAUAUACUGUAAUUCAUAGAUGACUGACCUCAGAACAUAGAAAAUGUUAUUUCUUUGUCUUUUUCUAUUUGUUCUUAUUAAUCAAUUAAGUAAUACAACAAUGCCAAAAUAACUAUUUUCUCUGUCUUAGACCAAUACAAUGAGCCAUGCAAAUGUUUCAUGCUGUUUUGGAGUUACCUGAAUUACAAAAUGUAUUAGAUGUCUUAUGGUAAUACAUGUGAAACAGUGAUGCAUGGGUCUUUAAUGCCUCACCAGAUUUGCCCCCAAACAAAUAACACUUCAGACCUUUUUUGAAAAUAAUUUUCAAUCUUUAUCUUUUCAUUAAAUGCUAUCAAUCAUGCGUGAAGUGCUAAAGUAUUCAAGGAUUUUGAUUUGAUAUUGAUUGUGUGCUAACUGAAACCAAGUGCACAGCCAUUGGGGUUGUCACUUUAAACAGAAAAAA